AUACAGUGUAUAUUUUAAUUUCAAUAAAUCUGGUGUUAUGUAUGCCCGAACAAAAAUUGCGUGAAAGUGAUGAUGGCAGUAAAUUUUAUAUAGAAACUUCCAAAAAUUACAAUUGGUUUGAGGCCUGGAGUGAAUGUGCACGCAAAAACAUGUCCUUGAUUGCCAUUGAUACCUACAACAAGCAUCAACAGAUCGAUAAUUUAUUAAAAAGAUUUUAUACCGCAGCACCACCACUGUGGAUUUCUGGUCAUGACAAUGCUGUAAAUUCACGUUACGAAUGGGCCACCACAGGUGAACGUUUUAGCUUUACAAACUGGGGACCUGGACAACCGGCCGAUAAAAAUAAUACCGAACAUUGUAUUUUAAUAUGGGUCGACUUUCAAUGGCAUGACGAUUUCUGCAGCACAAAAUUAGGUUUUAUAUGUGAAGAAAAUCGUUUGGUUAAGAAUGAGUGUCAUGAUCGGUUUGUUAAAAGUGCUAUAGAUAUAAGAGAAUUAAAAAAUGUUUUAUUUUAUUUUAAUGGUGGUAAGUAAAAGUUGUUAAAAAUUA